UCUGCUGCAGUUGCUCGUUUCGGUCUGAAGGGGGCGGAAGUGUGUCUCGGUCACUUCCUGAUCCGGGGAGGGGGAAGCGCGUGCGCUUGUUUAUCCUUGGUUCUUAUCACGAGCUACAAUUUACAGAGUUUCCAGACUGUGCUCCUGGAGGCUCCCGUGCUGGGUUUCUUGAACUGGACAUGAGUUCAGAGUUGUAAACAGAGGCUUUUAGAAGGACGGACUAGAGUUUGGAUGUUCUGAACGCCCCGAGGCGGAAAACGCUGUAUUUCCACGGUUCAGGAACAUGUCGGACGGACGCAUCUACGUGGGAAACCUUCCCAUGGACGUCCAGGAGAGGGACAUUGAGGAUCUCUUCUUCAAAUACGGGAAAAUCCGGGAUAUUGAGCUGAAGAACAACCGAGGCACCAUCCCGUUUGCCUUCGUGCGGUUUGAGGAUCCACGGGAUGCGGAGGACGCCGUCUUUGGGAGGAAUGGAUAUGGAUUUGGAGACUGUAAGCUGCGUGUGGAAUAUCCACGCUCUUCCGGAUCCAAAUUUAGUGGACCUGCGGGAGGAGGAGGAGGAGGAGGAGGACCGCGGGGAAGGUUUGGGCCUCCGUCGCGCAGAUCUGAGUUUCGUGUUAUUGUGACGGGUCUUCCUCCCUCCGGCAGCUGGCAGGAUCUGAAGGACCACAUGCGGGAGGCCGGAGACGUGUGUUUCGCUGACGUGCAGCGUGACGGCGAGGGCGUGGUCGAGUUCCUCAGACGAGAGGAUAUGGAGUACGCACUGAGACGCCUGGACGGCACAGAGUUCAGAUCCCACCAGGGAGAGACGUCUUACAUCAGAGUGAUGGAGGAGCGGGGCACAAGCUGGGGUCGCUCGCGCUCCCGCUCCAGGUCUCGAGGACGAUACUCACCCCCGUACCAGAGCAGAGGGUCACCGCCGCCCCGUUACCGAUCGCCCCCGCGUCACAUGACCCGCCACAGCCCACCCCCCCGCCGCGCCUCGCUCCAGCACCACAGCCCUCCGCCGCGCCACUAUCGAUGAGCGGCCUUCUCCACCGCCACACGCCUUUCUUUAUCAAUUUUGUAAUUUACAUUCCAUUGUAGGAACCCAAAUGGCCUUAUUCAGCUUGCGAAUAUGUUAAUGAUCAUGUGGAUGACGCCGCGUGUGUUUACAGAUGUGGUUAUGAUUGUGAAAGAUCUGAAGAUGAAUAACCUGUUUUGUCCUUUUUGAUUAUUGAUGCGAGGCGACAGACUAAAGAGGUGUUGUUUGUGAUUAAUCCGGUGCAUUUCAUAGACAUCGACUGUUUUAUUAUUUUUUUAUGAUUUGAAUAAAAGGCUGAAGUUUUAAAAAUGUUUUUUUCUGGAAUCUCCCCCAUGUGAUUUUUCUUCUUUUUUUCUCGUUUUGUAUCAUGUGAUGAUUGUAUGCAUUUGUUUUUCAAUUAAAGCAUUGAAUCAAAGUUA